AACUCCAGAAGGGACUCAGUCGUACCGAGAAUUUCGUAAGAUUGCAAUCAGGCAAUAUGGUUCUAUUGACAAUUAUGUACGAGAAGUUAUUUUACGAAGGCCAGCAACGAAAAACACUAUAGCAGCUUCAGUCUCGUCUUCGUCUGCAUCACAGCACCUGCCGUUGUCAUCCGAGUACAUUAUACGGAAGAAUGAUUUUCCAUACGCAUUAGAACAGGGAAUAGAACAUUGGGUAAUAUGGUCACUGAAGGAGAUGACGCAUGAUGAGGUAGAAGAAGCACUGAGAAAAACCUUCAGUGGAAAGGAAUGGGUGUUCGUUAUUAAUCCCGCGCACCUACAAAGCGUUGGGAGUGUAUGGCAUGGGCAUAUUUUUACCAGAGAUGAUGAUAGCGCAACAAGUUAG